AUGGGAGGUGAGGAAGGGCUGCCGAGAAUUGUUUACCCGCGGGCUCAUUUCUACUUGGAAGAAGCCUUGUGCGAGGCAGCGUGUACUAAUGAUUUGAACAGGGCACGACGCAUCUUGAUGGAGCGUGUAGACCCCAAUUGGAUCAAUGGUUUUGGGCUCUCACCUCUUCACAUAGCUUGCAAGAAUGGCAAUUUCGAGGUAGCGAAGAUUCUGGUGUGCAACAGGGCGAUAGUUGAUCUGGAGAAUGCGAUCGGCGUCACGCCACUGCACUUGGCAGCAAAGAACAAUCACUUGAAGUGUGCCCAACUGUUGCUGCUGUCCGGUGCGGCCGCGGGCAAGCCGACGUGGUCCCUCUGUACGCCCCGCGAGUACGCGCCCAGUGGAAGCAGGCUGCGCAAAGUUUUAGAGCUAGCGGAGCAGGGGAUUCCUCCGGACCCCGCACACGUAUUCGAAAUGUCAGUUGAGCCUUUGGUUCCAAAAUUUUCCAUUCCUCCCAAGCCCCCUGAACGGGAGCAAAAAAUAAUAUAUUUUCCAUAG